GAUUCAAUCGACCUGCCGUCCGUAAUAUUUUUUCCGCGUUCCGAUACGCCCCUUCGUCACAUUCCGAUUGAUCAACAUCCCGAAAUCGAUUUUUGUCAGCAUCCGCUGAGGACAUCUGACAACAUUUCGUUCCCCGAAUCACUCUGCGCUUCAUACUCACACAAUCCGCUUACCUUCUCUCCUCGAUGGCGACCAUGUCAUUCAAUCCCCAAACGCCUCAGAGUCCUUCCCAACUUUCUCCGAGCACAGGUGAUCAGGUGUCGAGCAUGAAUAGCUCCAUGACCUCAAUCACUACUGCUUUGCCUACUCCGGCACACAGCGUAAAUGGUUCAGCCCAACCGGGUGAUAUGGCUCAUGAUAUCGCGAUGGCAGAUGCUUAUUCGACGAAACGAAAAUACCCUUUUGACGACGGUAGCGAUCAUGAGCAUAAGAAGGUUCACCUCGAGGAUCGCCGAGUUGGUAUUGAGAACCUGCACCUCGAUGUUGGCGAAAAAUACCUCCUUUGCAGUACUCGUAAGGCUCCCUUUCGUCUCAUACAAGCCAUUACGCCCAGCCAUCCCUCUUCCCCCAGAUUGAUGGUAACUGCUAAAUGCGACUCCUACCCGUGCUUGUCCAACGAUCUCUUCGAGAUGUUCGGCCUAACCGGCAUUGCCGCCGAGGUUGCCCGCACGAAGCCCAAUGGAGAGAAGAAUGCGCUUCGCAAAACGUACAAAGGGCAAAUAAAGACCUUAGGAUUGAGCGGUCACUUCGAUGCUGUUAAGAAGGAGCCCGAAGCGCUUGAUGGUUUAAUGGCUUUGACCCACAUUCCCGAAGACGUAUGGUACAGCAGGGAAGUAAGUGGAAAGGAAAUCGAGAAAGGAUUUUCACAACUAUCCCCACCCAUCCUAUCUCGAGCGGCGACGAUGGCCAAGGGUGCGAUACCGAAGAGUGUUUGGGACAGCUCCGUUCUCGGCGAUCUAGCACCCGGUGCUAUGACGAAGAAAGUCGGUCACGACCAGGCUACAAGGCCAACGGCGCCUAGCACACCGGCUGCUUCAGCUCCCGGCGUCACACCGAAGGCGGGUAAACCCUUGACGCCACAACUUGACCGCGCCCGCCGGAUUGGAAAGAAGCGUAGCUACCAAGACAGUAGCUUUGAAGGGUACGGCGAGGGCUAUGCCGAUGAUGAUGCGGGUGGGUACUCGACAGGAGAUGGUGAUGACCGGUCCAAGCUGAAGAGGAGAAAACAGGUGCACGCAGAUCACCCAUGAUCCGCAAGCCUCUUCACUGACCGACGACAGAAAUUCGGUGAGACAUCCUCGUUUGGU